UGAGAAUGCCAGCAUUUUGCACAAUCUGAGUUUCUGAAGGUCGCUGAAGGAGGAAUCACGAUGGCGACUUCUUUGGCAGCUCAGCUGUCUGCAAUUGCGGCGAAUUCCGAAAACUCUCUAAAUCUCAAGGCGCAAAAGGCCAAACACUCCAAGUCGCUGAUAUUCGAACCUAGGAUAGCUGCCUCACAGAGCUUCGACACAUUAUACACAUUAUGCCAUGAAGGAUUCCAGGAACUUUGUCUAUUGGAUGGGAGAUUUCUAGAGUUCCAGCGAGAUAUAUUCAGCGAACAGAGUCAAGAGGAAGACCGGGCGCAAAUGACUGCUGUACAAAAUUCGGAACUGGACAAGCGCUUAGAGGCAUUUCUGGGGCUGGUUGGAGGGCGAUUGAGGUUGACUCCAGCAAUCAAAGCUGUAGAAUGGCUUGUGCGGAGGUUCAAGAUUCAUGAGCAAAACACCUCGUUCCUACUUCUGACUUUCCUUCCGUACCACACACUCCCAAUCUUCACGACACUGCUUUCGAUAUUACCAGAGAGACUCCCACAAGAAUACAAAUUUCUUCAGCCAUACAUACGGUCCUUGACGUCACCCCCAAGACAUACAAUCGUUCAAGUCGCCACGAAUAAUGUACCCUUCGCUUCAGCUCUCAAUAGCUAUGUACUGCGGAUAUGUCAAGCUCGACAAAAUUACCAGGCUCUUCUGGCCUUCUGGGCUGGUGUAAUGACCGAAGCGGUGGCGGGAAUGAUGGACAAAGCUCGGUCAGGCAGGCAAGGAGUGCAGCUACAGAAUGAGCAGGAAGUCAUCUUGAGACUGCUUCCAACACUGAAUGAAGGAUUAGCAAUGAAGCGGGCUCCUGAUCUCCGCGUCGGGUGUUACAUGAUCCUCUCCAUUAUGGCUUCAAAAGGUGGACUGGACGACAAAUUAUUGACAGCUAUGAUGGAAGCAGUUGUUCUAGGAUGGACCGAGGAGACAAUUGUACCGGGACUUGUGUGCCUCUCCAUACUGGCGCAACAUCGAAGUGCAAAGUCAACAUCAAAGAAGACCACGAAGGAGCUGAUCAAGAUACAAAACUUGCCGCGUCUUCUCCAAGAACUUUCAAAACAAAGAAGGGUAGAUAAGCUUGCCAAUGGAUUUUGUGUCGCAUUGGUGGACCGAGUACGCAGAACUUCGGAGUUUCCUCCUCUUUCGACCAUCCAACAGCUCCUUGAACAAAAUCUACUGAGUGAUGCGCAGACUUCGACAGUCGUCCAGGCUCUUCUCUCAAUAGCCAACGAAAUUGACCAGGGAUCUACCUCACACCAAGACUUGCGAUCGCAUCUUGCUUCCCUGUUAGUGUCUCUCACGCAGCUAUCUGGGCAUAUGGGCUUUGUAGUUCGAGGAGUGCUAGGAGACACCGACAUCGAUAUGGAUGAUCUUGAGUUAAAACUACAAACCACUCUCCGGAGCAUUGAGGCACCAACCUCGCCAUCAGGUGAUGUUAAGAUGGUAGAUUCCGGCGUCAAUGCAGCUACUCCCAACCUUUCUGCCAUGCUUGAAGCUUUGCCCAAGAAGACCGUGAACGAGCCGACCUUUUUGUCACAUGGCUCAUCUCACAUAUACCCAAACUUGUGCAGAGCAUUCAUCAGCUCUGCAUCCAAUGCUACUGACCUCGAUACCUUCGACCAAAUUCCAAUUAUUCGACGAGAAAGCGCAUUGGAAGAUACCAUAUAUCUCAGCUUCUACAUGAGAACAUGGUGUGGUCCAUAUCCCGUCACGGCUAGAGCUUCAGCGCUCCAAAUGGCGACUCGGUGUGUUUCGAAUUGCAAAGCCUCCACGGUGGACUUCCAAGCAGUUAUUCCAUAUGCAAUUGCAGCGCUAGGGGAUGCCGCAACCAAAGUACGUCGGGCGGCCUCGGAACUCCUUACCACCAUAAGCAAGAUACAUCCCUCCGUUCCCGAAGCUAAAAAGAAGUCGGCGAACAAGCCACGUCGGUGGGCGUCAGAUGAUUUAUAUGGAGCUGGACAUAAUACUGAGGAGUUGGCUUGGCUUUCCAUGGACAUUGUCGCUCGGCUUUUAAGCGAUUUGAUCAUUCCAGGCCUCGAAGAAUGUAUACUGGACCGAAAGCAUGUGGAAUCUAUAUUCGAAAAGUUCCUUAAUAGCGCUCGGAACGUCGAGACCCCCAAAAAGCAAGAUGUUGGACGGCUGCCACAAGCUGGCCGGAUCGCUAUACUGAAUUUCCUGGCCAGUCACGUUGUCCAUACUCCCUUGUUUACAGUGAAGCUACGGCUUCUCGCAUCAUUGAACCAGGUUCGUAGUAUAGCAGGGAUGACAAGGACGAAAUCUUUACUCCCAGCUCUUCAGCAAUGGGUUGCUUUACCAUCAAUAGAAAUCUCCGGACGCUGUCAAGAAGAACAAGUUGACAGGGCAGAACUUGAUGAUCAAUUACUCAUGACUGUGGCAGCAAACGACAAAGAUGGUCUACAAUACUUAGCCAGCAUUAUCAAUGGAGAGGUCGUCUCGACCAGGCCAGAAUUCCUGGACGCUGUAUUCAAGAGACUUCGAUCCAUGUGGUCUUCUUUGAAAGGAGAAGCCCGAAUUAGCACUGCGCAGAUGCUGAUGGAUGCGUCACAGAGUUCAUCGGAAGGAGCUGAUGAAUUUCGAGAAUCUCUAUCAACUGGGUCCGCAGAUCUGCUACGCACCACGCCUCUCUCGACUGACAUCUUACUAUCAUUCCUGGAUCAACUUCCGACGGCCGCAAUGCUAGCAGACAACCCCCCUGCAACGAAGAGGCGGAGAACAAGUCACGGAGAAGUGGCACGCACACCACUUCAAGAUUCGAAACAGCUCAAUGCCGCCAUUAAGAAAGUUACUUUCGUCCUGCAACUCGUUGAUAGCUCUGAAGCUGGCAAACACCCCGAGCUUCUCAGAGGCUUGUUCAAUGUACUAGCCGAACUGCAACAUUUUAAAGCUCAAGUCUCGUCAGAACUCGCUUACCUUCAGGGAUUGGUACUGGGAAGCCUUCUUGCUAUAUUGAAAGCCCACAAGACAGACUCAAGCAUCAAGUUAGACCGUUCUGCCAUCCGAGCUGACCUGCUAGUCGACUGUGUCCAGAAGACAACCAGUCCCCAGGUGCAGAAUGCAGCUUUGCUACUUAUUGCAUCUCUCGCAGACUCCGCCCCUGAGCUUGUUCUCCACAGCGUCAUGCCAAUAUUCACUUUCAUGGGUAGCUCUGUGCUGAGACAAAACGAUGAGUACUCUGCACAUGUUAUCAGCCAAACAAUUCGCGAGGUCAUUCCACCUUUGAUAUGUUCUCUGCGCAAGGAAAAGGGAAAUCCAGUCACCGGUGCAGCCGAACUACUUCUAAGCUUCGUUGCAGCAUACGAGCAUAUUCCUCUUCAUCGGAGAAAGAGUCUUUUCACCUCCUUAGUUCAGACUUUGGGAGCCGAGGAUUUCUUGUUCGCUCUUCUAGCAAUGCUUGUCGACAAAUAUGGCGUCACGGAAAACAUCAAAUCCUUUGCUUCUGACCUCACUGGGUCAUUUGGAGUCGAAGUUCAACUUCAAUCCGCUGUCAAGUACCUCGAUUUGGUCGGCGAUGUAUUGAAAUCGAAACCGUUGUACUCCAACGUCUUGCUGGGAACCUAUGAAGAUGGCAACUCGGAUCCUCAGAGGAUUGCUCUGGAUGAGCUGACUAUGCUGCCCCAUCUCCUUUCACAAAAGCGCCUCAUUUCUCAGACCGGCAAGCUGCUCAACCGUGACGAUAUGGAUGCCGCCAGAGUUCGGGACCUCUACUCAGCGCUUCUAGAGAAUAUCCUGGCUCUAGCAGAUACCUUGAAAGAUCAGAAGCGUUUGCACAGUGCCUGCGGUGAUGUCCUGGAGAGUCUUCUCGGCCUAUUGUCAACAAGUGAAUUCGUCAAAUCCGUCGAAGGCUUGCUCGACAGACCCAACGAAGCACUGCGCCGCAAAGUUCUCAGAUCUUUAGAAGUUCGCAUCGACCAAGAAAGUGCAUCAGAUGCUGUCUCGAGAGUCGCAAUGCUCAGCUUCCUACCACAGCUUACCGCAAUUAUCCGCGAGUCCAAAGAUGUUUUGUACAAGCAUACUGCCGUUGGUUGUGUCGACAAGAUUUCCGAAAAGUAUGGCAAGAAAGAUUUGGAAGCUGUUUCAGCCGCUGCUGAAACCAUUGCAAGCGUUCACUGCCUUGGCCAGUCAGACAAUCGCCUUAGGGUUAUGGCACUAUUGUGCCUUGCUUCGCUGGUCGAAAUUCUCAGAGAAGGCAUUGUCUCGGUUCUCCCGGUGGCUAUUCCUAAAGCUUUGGAAUACAUGGAAUCAAGUGUGCAUGAUAAUGCCGAUUCCCAAAAAUUGUACAGUGCGGGAUACGCUUUCAUGAGUGCUCUGGCUCAUCACUUACCAUACAUGGUCUCUGGAGCAUAUUUGGACAAGCUUUUUGAGAUAUCUAACGUCUCUGCCGAGGCCGAUCUCGCCGAUGGAGCAGAUGACAGCCGUAUGCAGUGUCUGCACCUAUUGGCAAAGCAAGUUGACGCCAAGAGCAUGUUCGGAGCAUUGGAGAAAGAUUGGGUGCGAGCAUCAACAGUAGGAAGUUUGGUAAGUAGCAGAUAUUUUAUUUGUGAGAAUAUAGCUAAUUUGCAACAGGCGCUUCACGAGUACCUAGAAGUACUCAGCAUUGCUGUUGAUAAACACCCAAAAACCGUUGUCACCAAAUAUUCGUCAAUCCUUGCCAAAAUCUUCCAGAAUGCUUUUGAUCUUCGGAGACAAUGGACUAUAUCCGGCGAUGAACGAUUCACAACUGAAGCAAUUUCUGAGAUUGAGGGAGAUGUCAACGAUGUCGCCAUCAAGAUGAUAUAUAAGUUCAACGAUGCAACAUUCCGACCGAUCUUCUCCAACUUGAUCGAAUGGGCAUCAUCACUGCCCAAGAAGGACAAAGUAGGUCGAGCUCUACGCUUACGAAGCAUAUAUGGAUUCAUGGCAGUGUUCUUCGAGAACCUCAAAUCGAUCGUCACGAGUUAUGCCACCUAUCUACUGGACAACGCUGUCGAGGUUCUUGGAACGGUCAACCCAAAAGAUGAAGUGUCCAAGGAAUUGUGGUCUCACGUCCUUCGAACUUUGACCAAAUGUUUUGAACAUGAUCAGGAUGACUUCUGGCAAUCGCCAUCUCAUUUCUCUGUCAUUGCACCUGUUCUCUGCGAGCAAUUCAAGAACGCUGCGACUCUACCAUUGGUGCUCGACCUUAUACCCGCAGUGGUGGAGCUUGCCGCCGCAGCAGAUUCUUCUGAUCACCAUAAGGAGCUGAACGGAGCGAUUCUUAAGCACAUGCGAUCCGAAAUCGCCAGUGUCCGGUUAGCAGCGGUGAGAUGUGAGCAGGAGCUCACUGAUAGAUUGGGCGAGGAAUGGCUAUCUAUGUUACCGGAGAUGCUGCCUUUCAUUAGCGAGUUGCAAGAAGAUGACGAUGAUGUGGUGGAGAAGGAGACUCAUCGCUGGAUCGUUAAGAUUGAGGGUGUUCUGGGAGAAAGUCUCGAUUCCAUGCUGCAGUAGAGCGCAGAUAGAGAGAAUUUUAAAUAUGAACCCGGGUCUGUGAAGAAGAUAUAAGAAUGAAAGCUUGACGAAAAAAGAAGACUGUGACUAAUAUUCCACAUAUACUUUGUCCUGCAAGUGCCUCCCUAAUUCUUUACCACCCAUGACAUAUUCGGUACAAACUCCAGAUUGGUCCUUUCAACUUUUGCCACACCGCUACCGGUCCUGAAUUGGGACAGGGUUUCGAGACAUAUUCCAAGAUCCAACGACUUUCGAUGAACUGGUAGGCCCGACUCGCCGUUGGGUUUAAUUGCAAGUCCUGAAAUUAUGUGACGACUUUCUUCUAACCUCUAGGAUAUGAGGUUCACAGAAGCCUAUCAAAUUUGCGGUAUUGCUUUGCUACUUCUGUUUCCAAUUAUAUCCCUACAGUAUAAGGACCAAAGAUCUGUUAAAAUGUCUCUGGCAUAGAAGGAGAGCAAUCGUCGAAACAUCCCUGGGACUAGCAGUACAAUUGUCCGCCACAUAGUCCAGCGAACUUCGAUUUCCCAACAAUGAGAACGGAAGUAAUUUAGACUAAGUCUGAAUCGUGAACCUGCCGCCAAUCUGGACUUGAACAUAAAGUGGACCCGCAUACUGAUGUACUUUUGACGUUAGGAAAGUGUUUGUUGGAUGGAAGCCUUGGUAAAUAGAAUGCCAAUAUCGAUAACCAGGAUCUGACGAGAUCACAAGCUGUAGCUCUCUUGAGAGAUCAUCUUGGGAGAAUAUAUGUACAUAUGGGACAGAACCAAUAUGCGCCGCUAUCAACCCUUUAUUCCUGGAUGAAUCUGGCUGACG